CAACAACAAGCUCAACAACAGCAACAAGCUCAACAACAGCAACAAGCUCAACAACAACAGCAGCAGCAGCAGCAGCAGCAGCAACAAGCUCAACAACAUUUUGUGAAUGAUCCUAUUAACAAUGCCUCACCAUAUUCCUCAGUACCUUCAACACCUCAGACAACUACUAAUAAUUUGCAAUAUCAAAUGUCUCCUACUCAAAAUAUUCUUCCUCAAAAUUCAAACCUUACUGACAUAAGUAACAAAGCUACACCAGAAAAAGCUGCUAUGCUCCCAAAUAUGAUUCCUUUGCAAUCUGCCAUGGAAACUGUGCAACAAGAGCCUAUUAUGCCUGAAGAGCCUCCUAAAACGAUGGCGGAGCGUCUUGUUGAAGCAAUUUAUCACCAAGCUAUCGAAUUUAGCAUAAUGAAGAAAAAAACUACAAAUGAUCUAAUUACUAUGUCAACAACUUCUAACCAUAAUGGUGACAUUAUUACUGCUUUUGAUCUCUUAUCGGGUCAACCAAGAUCACAUGCACAUGGAUCAAGGCAGCAGCGCUUAUUAUUGCCUGAUAUUCCACCUCAAGGUAUUGACCCAUACACUAUUUUAGCUGAACGAGAGAAGAGAAUUGAACAACGUGCACAUGCUUCUGUUGUCGAGCUUGAAUCUUUUAUGGAUGAAGAAGAUCAACGACAGCCACUUGGCUAUCUUCUAACAGAAUAUUAUGAGGAGACUGUCCGAACUGCUUCACCACAACGACUUCACGCCAUCGUCAAACUAAAAUCUCUCCAACUUCGUCAAAAGCAAACCAAAUUACGGGAAGAAAUCGUGAAAAACAUGGAAGAGGCGAAUCGACUUGCCUCCUCUGUCGAUCGUACUGCCUAUCGUAAAAUCAUGAAACAAACGCUUCGUGAAGCUAAAUUGACAGAAAAACUUGAAAAACAACAACGAAUUGAUCGAGAAAAGAAAGAAAAGCAACGUCAUUUGGACUAUUUGCAAAGUGUCUGUAAUCAGGGUCGUGAUUUAAUUGCAUGGCACAAGUCGCAUCAGGCUAAGAUAGCCAAGCUUGGAAAGGCUGUAUUGCAAUACCAUGUACAUAUUGACCGAGAGGAACAGAGGAAAGCUGAUAAGCGUUCUAAGGAGCGUAUUCGUGCUUUACGUAAUGAUGAUGAAGAAGCCUAUAUGAAGUUGAUUGAUGAAGCUAAGGAUACACGUUUGACCUUGCUUUUAAAACAAACAGGUGCUUACUUAGAGUCACUCACGAAGGCUGUUGUAGAUCAACAGGCUGAAAAUAUGAGCUAUGAUGAAGACCAUGUAGAUGAGGAAAUUGAUGAGGAAAUGUUAUUAACAGACAGCAAAGGUAAUAAGAUAGAUUACUAUAGAAUGGCACAUCGAAUUCAAGAGACUGUGUCUCAACCAACUAUUCUAAGUGGUGGUAAACUAAAAGAAUACCAGAUUAAAGGUUUACAAUGGAUGGUAUCAUUAUAUAAUAAUAGAUUGAAUGGUAUUCUUGCCGACGAAAUGGGUUUAGGCAAAACUAUUCAAACUAUCAGUCUUAUCACUUAUCUUAUUGAAAAGAAAAAACAAAAUGGUCCAUUCUUAAUUAUCGUACCCUUAUCUACAUUGACGAAUUGGUCACUUGAAUUUGAUAAGUGGGCACCCACUGUAACAACUGUAUGCUAUAAGGGGCCUCCUGAUGUCCGUAAAGAUAUUCAAAAAAGACAAAUCAAACAUAGAGAUUUCCAAGUUUUGUUAACGACAUUUGAUUACAUUAUUAAAGAUCGACCUGUCUUGUCUAAAAUCAAGUGGAAGUACAUGAUUAUUGAUGAAGGACAUCGUAUGAAGAAUACCCAAUCUAAACUUACAAUGGUAUUAAGACAGUAUUACUUUGCAAGGUAUAGAUUAAUCUUGACUGGUACACCUCUUCAGAAUAAUCUGCCUGAGCUUUGGGCACUUUUAAACUUUAUUCUACCAAAAAUCUUUAAUUCAGUUAAGAGCUUUGAAGAAUGGUUUAAUACACCAUUUUCAAAUCAAGGUGUACAAGAUAGAGUAGAAUUAAAUGAAGAAGAACAGUUGUUGAUUAUUAAGCGUCUUCACAAGGUUCUACGUCCCUUUUUAUUAAGACGUCUAAAGAAAGAUGUCGAAUCGGAAUUACCAGAUAAAGUUGAAACUGUUAUUAAAUGUAAACUAUCUGCACUUCAAGCACGUUUGUAUUCACAAAUGAAAAAAUAUGGUGUAUUAUUUGGAAGCAAUGGUCAAAAUGGAAAAACAAGCAUAAAGGGCUUAAAUAAUGCUAUUAUGCAAUUGCGUAAAAUCUGUAAUCACCCUUUUGUAUUUGAGGAGGUAGAGAGAGUUAUUAAUCCUUACAAAGUGAGUAAUGAGCUACUCUAUCGUGUUUCAGGUAAGUUCGAUCUUUUAGAUCGUAUCUUACCUAAACUUCGAGCCACAGGCCAUAGAGUGCUUAUCUUUUUCCAAAUGACACAAAUUAUGGAUAUUAUGGAAGACUUUUGUAUAUAUAGAGGAUACCGUCAUUUACGACUUGACGGGUCAACAAAGUCAGAUGAUCGUUCUAAUCUAUUAAAGGUCUUUAACGCACCUGAAUCACCCUAUUUUAUAUUCUUACUAAGUACAAGAGCAGGCGGUUUAGGUCUUAAUUUACAAACUGCAGAUACAGUUAUUAUUUUUGAUUCAGAUUGGAAUCCUCAUCAGGAUCUUCAAGCACAAGACCGAGCCCAUCGUAUUGGUCAAACUAAAGAAGUCCGAAUUUUUAGGCUUAUUACAGAAAACUCAAUUGAAGAAAAUAUCUUGGCACGAGCUCAAUAUAAACUAGACAUUGAUGGUAAAGUUAUUCAAGCUGGUAAAUUUGAUCAUCGAAGUACAGAAGAAGAUCGAGAGGCAUUUUUACGAUCCCUACUAGAAGACAAAAAUAAUAACUCUGCAGAAAGUCGUGAUGCAGAAGAAGAGAGUGAUGAAAUGGAUGAUGAAGAACUCAAUACAAUUCUGAAACGAUCUGACCAAGAAUAUGCUAUUUUUACAAAAAUAGAUCUCGAAAGACAAAGGUCUGAUACAGAAGAGUGGCGUCGAAAAUACGGAGAUAAUGGUAAAAAGCCAGAGAGAUUGAUUCAAGAAUGGGAGUUACCAGAUAUUUAUCGUUAUGAUCAAAUGGCCGAGUACAAUAAUGAGCGUGACGACUUAUUGUUAGGUAGAGGACAAAGGUCUAAAGAGGCUGUCAGGUACACAGACAACAUGACAGAGAAACAAUGGUUAAGACAAUUAGAAAGAGACGAAAUAGAGAAUGAAAAGAGAGCUGUUAAACGAGCUAGACAAAACUAUUAGAGAAUGAACUUUUUUCUAUAUAAAUAAAUACAUAUAAAUAAAUAUUGAAUAAACAUUACAAUAUAAUAUGUAUAUAUUUAUAUAAUAUAUAUAUAUAGAACAUAAAAU